AGAAGAAAGAGGAGAGGUGCCAUGGCGGCCAAGGUGAAUAUGAAGCGAACAUAAUGUUUUCCACCUGAAAGUGUACACGGUGGCUAUGGUGGCCGUCCCGGCGGUGCUGGGGAUAGCCUCCAUUAGAGUGUACACCAUUAGUGAAAUGCCCACUGAAGGCCUCAUUAGUCGAGACAAGAUUAACAUCUACACCCCAGUAACAAAGUCUGCUCAGGUCCAGCCUGAUCAGCCAGGGCUGAUUGAGAGUGGCUUAGCUAGAGCAAGAGGACGCUUCCUCCCCUUUGUCCAUGUGGUGAAGGGAGCCUGUGUCUCUGUAAAAACAGGAAGUGUAAAUCUAUACCACGCUGGAGAGGAUGUAUACUAUUACUUGAAAGAUCCUCCCCCGGGUUUCCUACCUAGGUGUGGCACCAUCACCAUGGCUGGCCUACUUGGCAUGUUCUUGGCACGCAAAGGCUCUCGUUUGAAGAGGAUUGUAGUCCCGUUGGGUCUUGUGACUGCUGGGGCAUCAGUGUGCUACCCAGCCCAGGCAGUGGCUGUCUUUAAGGUGACAGGCAAGAAGAUGUAUGCUGUAGGCCAGUGGAGCCGCGCUGCUGUGUCUUCACUGCUCACAUCGAAAGCCCCUGAGCUUGAUGCUGCUCUACAACCACAGGCAACUCCUGUGCCGCCUCCAGAGGCUGCAGUGGUUGACGAGCCUCGUCACGCCUCAGAGCCAGGCUCAGCGCAGAGUGUUGCCAUCUCAGACUCCGAGGUGGGAUCAGCGGAGUGUGUUCAAGACACUGAUAAACUCAUCAUUGCUAUCGCAGCCACAGAGGCGUCAGUCACACGCACAGAGAUUUCAGCCGAGCAGGCGCCUGCAGAGAUAGACUCAGAAUCACUCGACACUGUUCAAAGCGAGGUCCCUAGAGCCUCAAAAGAAGCACCAGAGGGCGCCCUUGCUGUAUCUGAAGAUGCCAUCGCCUCAUCAGCGGUCAUCUCUCUGGAUUCUGAUGGCAUCCCUGCUGAGGCCCUGGCUGCUGAGCCCACACUAAGUUCAGAAUCAGAGACCAAAGAGUCUGCUCAAGUUGAAUCGGCUCCAGCUGAGGUUUCUGCUUCCAGAGAGGACCUGCCUACUCUAAACACCUCAGCAGAACCAGAUGUGGAGCCAAAAAGAUCGGCAGCCACUGGAUUGGUUGAGGAAGGAUCACAGGCGCCCAUACCCACUGAACAGCCUUCUGAAAAUGGCAAAGGCGGCGCUGGGUUGCCACUAGAUCCUGCACUCCUGGACUUUGGGCAGUCCAGUCCUGAGGAUGAAGACUUGUACAGCACUCGCUAACAAAACUGGCUAUCACACCAUCUCAUCCGGAUUGACACACACUUUUGUCACAUAGCAUAAAAUAUAAGAUGCAUUUCUUUUACCAUCUGAAAACAGACUAAUUCCUGCCGCAACAUUUUACUUGAGUAAAAAAAAAGAAAAACAUUCUUUUUUAGGUAUUCUUGUGAAAGAACAGCUGUGUGUGCAUGUGUCCUACAGAUGACCGACUAACUAAUCGUCACACUAUGUGAUGGUUAACAACAAUUUGCUGAUACGUUGCAGUCCCCAGUGUCCUGAAUGCACAAUGCCGUGGGUAACCAUGUUGAGCAGUUGGGACGCUGUAUGCCAUGUAAUGAUACUAGAAAACAAAAAUGGAUGUAAAGUUGUGCAAUUUUGUUGUUGCCAAAAUUUUCCUCUAUGAUUAAAGAAGCCAAAUAAAGAUAUAUUUUUAAUGGA